UUUUUUUUUUUCACUCUUCUUUCUUUACUUCUUUACAUCAUGACGAAAAACAUGCUCUCUUAUACUGGUGGUGUAGUAGGACUUUUGAUUCUUAUCUUGGAUUUGAUUGUUAUCUUUGAAGUUCUCAAUUCUAAUCGAACUGUUGGGGGUAAACUAGGUUGGUCUCUUUUAGUAUUCUUUUUCCCAUUGGUGGGACUUAUCUUUUACUUUUUGUUUGGUCACCGUGAACAACAUAAUGCUUCUUAUACACCUAUCAGUAGUGCAUAGGAGUUGAUGUUUAUGCCUUUUCUUUUUAGCGGGGUUUCUCUCUCUCCAUAUCGUUCUUGAUUUUUUCUUUUUCUUUUUUUUUCCCUUUCUUUCUUUCUCUUCUCACACUCAAACAUAUACAUUUAUAUUUUACUCCCCAAUAAUCUUGAGUUCCUUUUUUCUUCUGUUUCCCUUCUUCUCUUUAUUAUUGUUAUUAUUAUUAUUAAAAAAAAAAACUUCUAUUGUAUCAAUAAAACUUUAUUAUUAUUAUUAUUAUUAUUAUUAUU